AACAAAAACGUGUGGGAGUCACUCUGUGCUCUUCCUAACUGCCAGGGCAUUCGCAGGAGAAGAGAAGUGAUAGGAAGAAGAAAGGCUAAGAGUCUUAGAAGAUCAAGGGGUUUUUGUCAAAGAGCCAGCAAAUAUGGAUUGGCUUAAAUGUGUAGCUCUACUUUAUACCAUAGCAAUAGUGUCGGCUAUUAUCAGUCAUAAUAAUGAUGAUUCAGGCAGUAACAGUAGCAUGUUAAGUGGCAGUGGCAUGUUAAGUGGUAGUGGCAGUGGUAGUGGUGAUGAUGAUGUUAUGGAUUCAGAAGUACCAUCAGAAACAGGAACAUCUUCAUUUCUAGUACCUUCAGUAACUACACUAGCAACAACAUCAUCAACGUCCGUAUUUACAAGUACGUUGACAUCAGAAUCAACGCCUUCACAAGUAGGAAGACCUAGUACACUAGUAAGUGCCACAGAAACUUCUUCAUCUGUGGAAGUAGUAGUGACAUCUUCACCAUUGGUAUCAUCUAGUACACCUGUAGAUGUUACCGAAACAUCUUCAUCUAUGGAAGCAACAGAAAUGUCAUCAUUUGUGGAAGUAACGGAAACAUCUUCACCAAUGGUAAUAGAUCUAGUAUCCAGUACACCAGUAGAUCUUCCUGAAACAUCUUCAUUGGUGGAAGUAACAGAAACAUCUUCAUUUGUUGUAGCAUCUAGUACACCAGUAGAUGUUACAGAAAUAUCUUCAUCUGUGGAAUUAGCAGAAACAUCUUCACCAAUAGUAAUAGUAUCUAGUACACCAGUAGAUGCUCCUGAAUCAUUUUCAUUCGGAAUGUCAUUGUCAGUGGAAGCAACAGAAACUUCUUCCUUAAUAGUAGUAGCAUCUAGUACACCAGUAGAGAUACCAGAAAUGUCUUCAUCUGUGGAAGUGACAGAAUCACAAGACGUGCUUCCUUCAUCGACAGAUGUUUUAGAAAUAUCUUCAUCUACUGAGGCAGUCACCUCUUCAUCUUUAACUGUUGAUAUCACAGAAAUAUCUUCAUCUACUGAUGCAAUAAUAUUUUCAUCUACAGAAGUGGUCAUAUCUUCAUCAUUAAUAGAUUUCACAGUAAUGUCUUCAUCAAUGGAGGCAACAGUAUCAGAAGACAUGCUUCCAUCGUUAUCUUCAUCUGUUCCUGUAGAAGCAACAGAAACUUCUUCACUAGAAGCAACAGAAACUUCUUCAUUAGUAGCAGUAGAUUUUUCUACUACACUUGUAGAAGCUACUUUAUCAGUGGUAGCAACAGAGUCAGUAGAAGUGCUUUUAUCAUCAUCAGUAGAUAUUUUUCCAGAAACAUCUAUUGAAAUAUCUUCAUCAAUAAUUUCGACAGAAACAAUACUUUCAUCAUCAGAAGUAUUAGAUUUUACAUCUUCAUCAAUGAUUGCAACUACUCCAGUAAGCACUACAACAAUGGCUCCUCCUACAGUUGAACCAACAGAGUCAGUAGAAAUCCUUCCAUCACCGUCAUCAGUAGAUAUUUUUCCAGAAUCAUCAUCUGUAGAUGUUCCAGAAAUGUCUUCAUCAUUAAUUGAAAAUCCAACAGCUACUCCAACAACAAGCCCCAGUCCUACAACAGCUCCUCCUAUAGCUGUCCUUCCUUAUCUAGUAUUCAAUACCAGCAUAUCAAAUGUUAUCAGUAGGUCAAACAGCACUUUCUUUGUAUUAAGAUUAACUCCUCCAAGACCAAUUCCUAUACUAGGCUCUACCUACUCAUCAAUCUUUAUUUCUUUUGCUGGUACAUUUUCUCUUGGCAGUUGGUUCGGUUACUAUUAUCCUAGAUUGUUUCCUAGUUUUACAAGUGGGAUAAGAAAUUCAGUUGUGUUUGCUCCAAUGUGGAACAAUUAUCAAUAUGUCAGAGAAGGUACUGUCUCAUAUCAAGCCUUUAAUUCAAACAAUCCACUUGCCAGUGGAGUGUUUAAUGUUGUCAAUAACUACAUCAGAACCAGGAGGAACUCAACAAACUACCAGGGAAUAUGGAUGCUCCUCAUUGAAUGGAGUGCAGCACGUCCUUACCCACAAGGAGUUUUUUCGGACCCAUUCUUUGACUUACAUAACACAUUUCAAGCUGUACUUACAACUGAUGGAACAGAGACCCAUGUCAUAUACAUAUACAAGUGUGGGGACAUUAUGUGGGACACUUAUUAUAGGACAUCUGUUGUUGGAUAUAAUAUUAGAGGAUUUCCUUUUGAGAAUCGUCUUGGAUCAGGGACACCAGGAGGACUAUUGAGAUUCGGCUGUGGAGAUAAUACAAAUUUUACUAACAUACUCUACUCAUUCUCUUCUGAUAAUAAUCCUGCUGAAGCUGCUUGCUUGGAGGCAUACAGAAAUGACCAAGAUCUUCGAGAAAUUGGAACAUUUGAAGCAUUUUUUUUUGCACGUCCCUGUCCCUGUUCAAUAAAUCAAGCAUGGUUUGACAGGAGAUUCCGCUUUCUUCAAUUUCACCAAACUGAAAGAGUUUUAUGUUAUACAAAUAGGUUUCCAUUUAUAUAUCAAAGCAUGUGCUGCUACGACUUUAAUUUUUUUAGAAACUCAUUCCGUGCUUUAAUCACCCAAGGACCUUUCUCCUCUCAUGUCUUCAGAUUUCACCCAAGAUUUUCUCGUUCCAAUUAUUUAACUUUUGAUGAAAGCUUUCAUUCACGGUGUUGUAUAGUGUCUCAAAACUGUGAACUCUUUAGAGAACGUCGACCCAUUAAGACAUGCACUGGCUACAGGCCUCCUAGACGAACUUGGUUCUGGGGUGAUCCUCAUAUUACAACACUUGAUGAAGGAUCAUAUACUUUCAAUGGACUUGGAGAAUAUGUGCUAUUGCGCACCAAUAGUGAGGAUUUUGAAGUACAGGCUCGUACAAAGUUAGCUGCACCAAACACUACAGCUACGGUUUUUAGUGCAAUAGCAGUUAGUGAUAGUAACAGGAGCUCCAUAGUUGAGGUUAGAAUAAAUGAAAUGGAUGCCAGUGAAUUUGUUGUUUUAUACAACGGUAGUGACGUGUCUGCUAAUCUCACAUCAGUUAAUGAUACGUUGGAAUUCACCACAGUAACUGUAACAAGAGAAACAACUGAGCUGAUCUCCAUUGCCUUAUCAAGUGGUGUAGGAGUCAAUGUCACACUGAGAUUAGCAAUCCUCUCAGUUACAUUAAAUGUGCCACAGUCAUACAUGGGAAAUACAACAGGACUCCUAGGAAACUUUGACCAAGACAACACUAAUGACUUUACUAGUAGGAAUGGAACUAUGAUAUCUUCCAAUUCAACUGAUGCCAAUAUUUUUAUGUUUGGACAAACAUGUAAGUAAAAGAUUAUAAGAGCUAUAAAGGUGUCAAAUUAUAUC